UCAGGACAAAUGGUGGUCCUCUGUUUUUACUCCUAGAAAUAAUCAACCAUGAUAAUUUGACACACACGUUAUAAAACCUGUUCAAUUGUUCAACAAUUCGAACAAGUUGUUUCGGAUCGAAUCAGUCAUCAUGUGUGAUCACUUUUGGGAGCCCAUGGCGGAGGUUUACAUCGCCAAGAGGACCGAUUAUCCGGAUCCGGAUAGUCACAUUUAUUGUCUCUGCAGCAGAGUUUUCAUUCGAAACCCAGAGAUCUACACAGUCCUGACUCAAGAAGAUGCUAGCGAGCCCGAGACCGCCGAAACGGACUACCUCGGCGAGAUGUUGGACGUCCUGAAGCAGACCCCCCUGGAGCCCCCCCAAUACACCGAGAAGCACGACGUAAAGCCAGUCAGCUGCUACUGCAGUGCAUCCCACACAGACAACAACUACUCAACCGACGAGCACGACUCGGUCCGCGACUCGGUGCAAAGAUCAACCACCUACGCCCUGGGUCAGAAACUGAGCCUCCACCAGUCUGACUCCGGGGCGGAUCUCUCCGAAUACCACGAACACGAUACCAAGCCCCCGACCAAUUCUCUCCACCUGUCUGAGCGUCUCCUCAAGACCCCCGAGGUGAAGCUGAAGAACUCCAGAAGCUUCACAACCCUCGACAGCUUCAACAAAUACCGCGAGAAUCCCUCUGAAUCCGACAAUUCCACCUUCCAAGAAGAAGCAAAGCCGAAAGAUGAGGUUCUGAAUCCCUCGGACACUCCGGAGCACGCCUCCUUCACUCUCGGCACCCACGACCACUCCGACUCCCCGACAGACCCCGAAGACUUCGCGAUAAUCGAGAUGUACGACUCGUACUUGAACGUUCACGUGGUCUACGGAAGUGACAAGAAAAGCAUGAUCGACAUAGCUUGGGAGAAAUUCUGGGCUGAUCACGGCGAGCGCCUGAUCUGGGGCUCCUGGAUAACGAAAUACGCGGACUACAUAAACCCCAGUUACAUGCCCCCCGAAGAAAUUGUAGAAGUCGAGAAACCGACUAAGAUCCGAGUUGUCGAGAAGUUUUCAGAACAGAACACUUGUUUUCCAACGUGUGCGCACAAGAAUUGCGACAUUGGGCGAUCGAAUUUCGAGGGUCUCUUCAGUAGGUCAGACAAGCCCAAAGAUCAACUGAACUUCACGUUUGACGACAGCACGAGACAUAUAAAUGAAAAAGACGCUGAGGACAAUCGAAAGAAGAUGGGCAACUUCGAGCUUUCACCUGAGAUCGAUGGGUGGAAUCCCCUGAGCCCCUUCAGCGCUGAAGAAAGCUACAAUCAGCAUUCUAAUGAGGAUGAAAGACUGAUAGCCAUAUCGAGAUGCGAUUCCAUAACCGGAUCGCUUGCGAAGACGAACGCGACAUCCGAUUCGAUGACGAACGUCACUAAACUGACUCUAACGAACUCUAGCUUUGACUCUAGUUCGCAGCAGUCGUUGAGUCUCUUCAGUUCUGUCACGAGUUCCAUCGAGAGUAACGUCACAAGCAGCAGUUCUGAUCAGGACAAUGACUUGACAUCUGACAACGACAAGUACUGGCAGCUGCUGUGGAAGGAGAACUUCCAAAUUCAGUACCAGCAUCACUACACCUGCUUUGUCAACAGGUACAUAAUGGUACAGACUGAAAGCUCAAACUCAAACUCCUCGAGAAUACCCUUCGCCAACGAGUCCUUCGAGGAUCCAACAGCUGAGUCCCUGGUCGACAGUAAGACCGGGACGAAGAAAUCGGCAUCCAAGAGGAGAUUGAAUUCCAAGCGCAAGGUGAUCGACUCUGUCGGUUACCUGAUGCAGAAUCUAACGAUGAAGUCGGAGGACAAUGAGGCAGAGCUCAAAGACACAUCAAAACGAGAGGAAUCAUCUCAGGGAGGUGUUGGUCAAGUCCAAAGCUCGACGACACUAACGACUAAUAAUAAUUCUACUUUUAAUUGUAAGAGGUCUAUCAACGGGGGGUCCAGCGAUGGUGACAAGCCUCAUGAGGACAAACCACUUACGUUGAAACGAAGUCAUGAGGCUGAUUUUGAUGAGGCUCAGGAGGGCAUGGAGACUGUUAAGAAGGCUUUCUCUCUGAUGGGGUACACUUUCAGGGCGAAUCAGAAGGAGGUGAAGCUGCAGGGUGAAGUGGUUUACAGGAAGAGGCAUAUUAGGCUGCCCAACAGGCAGCUCAAGAUGAAGAUCAAUCGGAAUAAGGGGAAUAAGCACAUUUACUUCGAUGAGAAUGGGGUUGAGAUCACCAGUACUAUUGACAAGGUCAAGCAGUAUCUCUCGGACUGUCCCAUCAAGCUUCCGAAUGAGGGGGAGUUGGAGGCUAAUGACAAGGGGAGUUAUACUAAGGCCCAUUUCACUUCUAGCUCGGAUGAAGAGUGCGAUGAAGCUGUCAGCACAAAACUUCACGCUAAAAGACUAGUCUUUAGCAAACCUAGCACAAGCUCUCUGGAGACACCUCCUGAUUUCAAUGCUUCGUAUAAAACGUGUGAUGAUGAUGUGUUCGAGGAUGACAAUAAGUUGGGGAUUGGGGCUCAGAUGGAGAUGGAUCAUCAUGAGGAGGGGGAUGUUAUCACGAUCAAGGUAUCGGAUGAGGACAGUGGCAAGAAGGCGCUGAAGAAGAGGAGGAGGAAGCAGAAUAAGAGGAAUGUCAGUCUUCCUGUUGAGGUUGAUAAUGAUAGGACGUUGAUGAAGUAUUGGGUGAAACGAUAUCGGUUGUUUAGUAAGUUUGAUCAGGGCAUCAAGCUGGAUCGAGAGAGCUGGUUCUCGGUGACACCGGAGAAGAUCGCGGCCCAUAUUGCGGAUAGGUGCCAGUGUGAUAUAAUUGUUGAUGCGUUCUGUGGGGCUGGAGGGAAUGCCAUACAAUUUGCAUUUAAGUGUGAAAGAGUGAUUGCUAUUGACAUUGAUCCAAAUAAAAUUGAACUCGCGAGAAAUAACGCGAGAGUCUAUGGCGUAGAGGACAGAAUAGACUUCAUCGUUGGUGACUUCUUCCAACUCGCUGAUAAACUUAUUGCCGACGUUGUGUUCUUGAGCCCACCCUGGGGUGGCCCAGAGUACUUGCACGAUGAAACCUACGAUCUCAACAGUAUUCUCAAGCCCUUGGGUGGGAUGACGUUAUUUAAUACUGCGAGGAUGAUCUCCGAGCACGUUGCGUAUUUUUUGCCGAGGAAUAUUGAUACUAUUCAACUUGCCAUGUUGGCCGGACCCGGAAAAGGCGUUGAAAUUGAACAGAACUUCCUCGACCGAAAGCUAGUAGCUCUCACAGCGUACUACGGUGAGCUUCCCAAGGACUGUUAAUACCACGAAAUGUCAGACGAAUUUCUAGUAUCGAUGUAUAAUUAGUUGUACAUAACGAAGGAAAAACCGUAUCAGUUUGCUCCAAUAAUUGAAACAAUUCCAAGCCGAAGACGUAACAAUCUUUCAUGAAAAUCCACUCAGUCACCUGAUUUUCCCAAUGAAACCCACCAUUCCCUUAAUUUUAUACACUGUAUUUUCUAAUUAGUUAAUUUGUCAGCAGUACAAAACGCCGCUUAGCUUCCUAAUUUCCUAUUUUUAUUACGUGACUGUUGGCGACUCGAUACGGAUGCAUAUGUGUGUUAAAUCGUAACGUGGGUUCUUCCAAUAUCUCAACGAAAGAAUUAAUACGUGUUUUUUUUAUUGUAGAACUAAACGUUUAUUGAACUUUGAGCUCUUGUAAAAAAACAAAUCUUAUUUGAAAGACAUUAAUUUUCCAGUCAUUCAAAUGAUAUUGCAACUGUGAAUUUUUAAGUUUUUAUUGUAAAACGCGUGUCGUUUUAUCAUACAAUUAUAAAUAAAUGUAACCAGGACAAAUA